UCGAACUUACCUUAAGUUUACUUACUGAUUAUUCGUUUAUUAACAUUUGUUUAAGCCUGAAAUCGUUCGAAAUCGCGAAAGAAUAUGUGGGGCGCGCCGUAUCGGCAUCCCAAUUCGUCGUGUUUCACUAACUCGGGCCGUAAACAGACAAAAACACCUCACCACCACCAACAACAAAAACAAAAUCAAAGUCGUCCCGCUUGGAACAAGAAAACCACCGAGGACAAAACGUAUGUUUGUCCGGGAUGCCACCAGAAUUACGACUUUAAAAAUCAUAAUGGACAAUUGUAUGGGAAUGUGCCCCUGGUAUUGAAUUGUAUGCACUCUUUGUGCCAAGACUGCGUGUAUAAACAGUCCCACAGCACUCAAGUCAUAUGUCCAACUUGCAAACAAUCUUCUACCUUGUCCAGAUAUACCAUAGCGAGCUGCAAUGACUUACAAGACGUAUUCAUCCCUAACUUGUACAUACUUGGGUACUUGUUGUACAACAAGUCGCAAAACAACAAGAAAAACACGUGCUCCCUUCCAGUAGGCUUGGCACUAAGGUGCCAAGUUACCCAACAACAACCCGAGUCACCUUCAUUAGACUGUAGAGAAAAGUGCUGCUUCCAUGGGUGCACCAAGGCAGCUGAAAUCUACUGCCUCGACUGCAAGGACAAUUACUGCAGGGAGUGCAACUUCGGCGUGCACAAGAGUGCCAAAACAAUGUGGGGGCACAAGUACGAACCCCUGAAAAGUGCCAACCUGAGCUUCGACUUGGAGAACUGCAGGGCACACGAGCAAAUGGCCAAGGAGUAUGUGUGCAACGAAUGUGACUUGCCGGUGUGUGUAUACUGCCUUGUUGAGGAACACACCGGCCACAAAAAGACACAGCUCAACAUCUUGAGUGAAGCCGACAAACUGAAGCUUGAUGAACUGAUUGACAAGGCCAAAGUGACACUUAAACAGCUGAAAUCAACACAAUUGAAAAUUAAAAAGCUGAGCAACGGCGACGCGACGGAGUCGGUGGAGCUGAAGAUCCGGAGCUACUUCGGCGACCUGCACGCCCGCCUGCACGACGUCGAGAAGGCGCUGCUGGAGGAUGCGGGGCUGUUGAGGGCGGACGGUAAGGGGCUGGAGAGUUUGUCGCGUGUCGUCGACUUGUCGGUAAGCAACGUGGAACGCAUGGUGGCGGCCGCCCGCAAGACCGACGCGAAGAACGUCAACUUCAAGGAGCUGGUGAAGUGUCUGGAGGGCUUGGAGGGCACGCCUACGUUUUUGGUGUCGGGCAACGCUCCGGAUAGUUUCGGUUUAUACGUGGACCCCUCAAUGGACAACAUCCGCGAUAAAUUCAAAGUCAUCAAACCCGAGGACAUGUCCUACAAGCUGGUCACCGAGGAUGACUUGCCUCCCGAUUACGUGGACGACGUCCACAGCGAUACGACAAGCCAAAUCAGCGAGGCUGCCGGUAUCAUAUUGAACCCGGCAAGUGGGUCCAGCGAUGUUGAGUCAGUCCAUCCAUCCACCAACAAACCUCAUUACCAAACCAUACAGGUGACCCAUGUGGAAUCAGUGGACUGCUUUUAUGCCUUGCAAAACAAGUUGACCAGAUUGUACAAUCAAAUGGAGCGAAUUAUAAAGCAGCACGUCCAUAACAGUCUUGAGUUUGUUCAAAACCCGGAAAUAAAUAAGAUUUAUCUCUUUGAAGAAAAGAAGGGCAAAUAUAGUAAAUGGUUGAGGGGCAGACUGGUUGAUAUUCAGAAGAACAAUGAUGAAGAAGUUAGUUAUGAACUGUUUUUAGUGGAUCGUGGGUCAACUGUUGUAGUACCUGAUAACACACUAAUUGAAGCUACGUCCCACAUAAUUCAAAUAAAACCGUUUGUUAUCCAAUGUCAGCUGCACAACCCAACCUCCAGUAACUGGAGCCUAGAAUCUAAUGAGUAUUUUAUCAAACUUAUUGAAAAUAAGACACUUAACAUGUUGAUCAAAAAUACGCACGGCCAGAUGCACGAGGUUGACCUGCUGAUUUCAACAACCCUGGGCAACCAGACGUCAGUCGUGGAGCUACUGCUCAACACUUACUCAAACGUCCUAAGCAGCGCCGACGAAAGUUACGCCUUAAUGUCCAGGAAAAGGCUGAAGUUUCAGAUUUGUGAUGUCAAACUGUAUCCUAACAGUGUGAGACUUACUAAGGAACUUUCUAUUUCUGUUGUUUUAUCUUUUGUGUCCAAUCCUCAUCGGGUUUUCGUGCAAGAGGCUAGAAAUCAGAGGGUCAUCCAGACUCUGAGAGAGGAUUUACAGAGGUACUAUGGGAAUAAUAAGAAGGUGAAGGAGUGUGCUCCUAUUGAAGGUUCUUACGUGGUGGUCAAAUACCAAGAUAAUGUUAGAUACAGGUACCACCGAGGUCUAAUCAAAACAGUCGACUUCCACAACGACAUCGUCAACGUUAUUUUAGUGGACUGGGGCAAAACGGUUAACGUACCGACGUCCGCCAUUGCAGUACUGGCGGAACAGUUCACCAAAUUAGAAAUACAGGCGAUUCAGGUGAAACUGGCCCACAUCGCACCGGUUGGCAGCUGUAAAAUGUGGGAGAGCAACGCCAUCGAAUAUUUAAACAACUACGUUUCACAUAAGAAUGUUUUGAAAAUGACGAUCUGCAAGGAGCAUCCGUUGGAAGUGGUGCUGUUCGAGAAGAUGGGGGCGUACGACUGCUGCAUUAAUGCCCAACUGGUCGAUCUCAAAAUAGCUUCUUCCACCGGGAAUUUGUCGACGGUUUCGAAGUGGCCUCAGGCGUCGGAGAGUCCCGAACAGAAGGACUCGAGUUUUAUCGGUAAUUUACUGGAUAGUCUUAAGGUUGACGACGACGAUGAGGAGGAGGAAGUAAAGGGGACGUCGCAACUCAUCAAAGUGGUCAAAGUGAUCGACCCGGAUUUAAUAUACGUCAGUUUCCCCGCACGUCAAGACAGUUCCCACGCCUUACACAAGGAACUGCAAAUCCACUACUCGAACGACAGGGUCACCAAACAUAAAUGGGACGUCGGGGAGUGGUGCGUGGUUCGUAACCCGGAUAAUUCCGUGUAUUGCAGAGGUAAAAUCACGGAGGUGCUCCCAGACAACAGAUAUAAAGUGUAUGUGAUGGAUUACGUGACUGAACACGUCUUGGGGGCGGACCAUAUCUACGUCCACCACGACUAUUUCAAGAAAUACCUGGAUACCGUAUAUAAAAUGUGCCUGACCGGAAUCCGCCCUGCAGGCGGGGCGGACAAAUGGUCGAGCACCGCCAUAGAAACUUUAGAAAAGAUCGUGGAACGUCACAGCCAGCUGUACGCCACCAAGAACGGAGAGGGCAUCAACGACGUAUUCCCAGUUGAUAUGUGGUACAAACACUACAAGGAAAGCGGCCCCUUGGAUCCGGUGCACGUCAAGUACGUGUCCGUCAGCAACAUAUUGGUCAAGUUAGGUCUGGCGAAAAAAACAGUAACUGAAGGCAGUAAGAAAGAAAUAAAACCGGAAACCAACAAAGAGUCGCCGUACCACAAACAGGAGCUCCCAAUGGCGGAUUGGCUGCCCCCUUUUCCAAUUGACAAGUCUUCGUUCGAUGCACAGAUCACCUGCGCCGAAGACAUAACCGGCUUACUAUACAUCAGAGACGACGACCUACAGGAGGCGUACGAGACGUUGGAAAAAGAAAUGAAGGAGUACUUCGACAAGGACAAACCCAGCAGGAAAACCGAAGUCUGGCUACCCAAUCAGAUAUGCACCAUAGCUUACCAAGACUACUGGUACAGGGGCAAGAUAGUGAGCGUGGAGGACGCCACCACGGUCACAGCUAAAAUGAUAGACUUCGGAAGCACCCACAUCCUGACCCCGGACGACAUUUACGUGGAGAUAUUGUAUCCAAACAUCCAGGCCAUGGCGAAUAAAAUUGAGCUCUACAACGUCCACUCCAAGUCCGGCAGCUGGCUGCCCUCCGACCACGACACCUUGAUGGAAAUCAUCAAAACCAAGGCCAAAAUUGUAAUCAGGGAUGGCUCCACUGAGGUGCCACAAGCUGACGUAUACUUGUACCCAAGCGGGGUACUAUUAAAUAAGCAACUGGUACGUCUGAGCUCCAACCUUUACGCAAAAAACGUGAGUGUUGACGAAGGUGCAGACGGCCUUAUUGUCGUUGAAGACGAACAAGUUGUUACACAAUCAACGGAUGAGGAAUGUGAAGCAGCCAACCAAGUUAAUGAACUAAAAGACUUUGUAGUAGCUGAGCUGCCGAAGAAUGUUUAUACUAAAGUCACCCCAAUGACUGUCUUAAACGUUUUGAGCUGUGACACCAUCAUUUUGACUUACUCGGGAGAUGACUACUUCAUGAACGAUGGCCUAAUUGAGCUCAUACAGCAGAACGGGGGUGACUGCCCCGUAAUGAACGACAUUCAAAAGGGCAAACCUUGCGUCUGUCCCUUUUCCGAAGAUAAUUUGUAUUACAGAUGCAGAAUUGAGGACGUGACCAAUUUGGAGUUUGGUAUGGUCGAAGUCUACUUCGUUGACUUUGGGAACUCCGAAGGUGUUUUAGUAAAUGAUGUUAGGGAAAUCCCCGAUGCGUGGUUGAAAGAACCCGUUUUCAAUUGCAAGGCUAAACUGGAUGUGGAGGUGUCAAAUCCUGCACGAAGGAAGCUUUUGGGACAGAAAUUGAAGAAGAUGAUUAUGACAGUGCAGGAUAUUCAAAUUUUAGAAAAGGAUCCACUUACAAUUAAAAUACUUGAUUCAAAUGGUGAUUCAAUAUUCCAUAAUGUUAUUGCCAAUAUUAAAUAAGAGUUUAAAGAACUUAAUGGGUCUGAACAGGUGAUUAAAAUUGUAAGACUGUAAUAAUUAAGAAUCGCAAUUUCAUAAAAUUAUUGCCUUGUUUACUUUUAAGAAUUCCAUUUUUAUUUUAUAAUAAAUUUUCCUAGCAUUACAAUUUA